AUGGCGUCGUGUUCGUGGGCUCAGGUGGGAGCCGCGAGCUUCAGACGCGUUCAAGAGACCUGCGGAAAUAAAAUUUCCCGCGAGUCCGCUGCCUCACUGAUGGGUUGCGCGGUCAAGUGCGGCAUGGCGCCGGACUGCCUGGGAAUGUGUUACUCCGCCUCAUCGGCUUCUUGCGUACUGCACAAAUCAUCAGACCUUGUCAACUCAUCACUGAUUAGCGGGAUGCGCAGCUACGCGGUGUACGCUGACCGAAAAACGCACGAGCAAGCGUUCAACAGCUGCCGAGCCCUGGACAGCUACCUCGUCGCCCCCCAGUCCAAGGAUGAAAUGCUGACGCUGAUCUCCAUCAUGGACAAUAGCGUUGGAAUUUGGAUGGCAAUCGACGCUAUUGGACGCAAUGGAACUAGCAUCGUCACUUCAGGAGGGCCUGCUGACGGAGGAGGUCAAGCGGUGCAGUACUACGAGUAUGCUCUAGGACAACCGGAUCACCUAGCAACAUUAGAGCAGUGCAUGCAGCUCUGGCCCAGCGGUUUCAACGAUGCGUACUGCAUGUACGAACUGCCGUACAUCUGCCAGUCGUCCAGACUGUACAGCUGCGUGACCCUGCCUCACCCGGCCUACCCUGCAGACUACGCGUGUUUCAAGAAACUCAAAUAA